AUGACGAAGUGUCUAAAAAUGAGUUAUAAUGAGUCUAACUUAACGAGUGUUCUACAGUCAGUGUUUGGUUACGAGAAAUUUAAAAAUGACGUGCAGAAAGAAGCUACGAUUGCUAUUAGCAAAGGUGCAAGGUAUGUGUGCAUAUCAAUGCCACCCAGAUUUGGUAGAUCACUUUGUUUUCAAUUGCCAGUUGUCUUACAAAAAGGCAAAGUGGCUAUUGUUUUUUCUCCGAAAUUAUCUUUUGUGAAGAAUGACAUAGAUUUUUUAACAAAUAAACAGAUUCAUGCACGCUUAUUAAGUCAAUCAACGUAUAUUAAUGAACGAAAAGUUAUUUUAAGAGACUUAAUGUCAAAUUGCCCAACAAUACAAUUAUUAUAUGUUACACCUGAAAUGGCUAUGAUCACAUAUUUUCAGAAGCUUAUACUCUUGUUAAAAAAGCAUAAAAUUUUAUCUUAUAUUGUAUUUAAUGAUGCGCAUUGUUUAAGUGAAUGGGGAUAUGAAUAUACACCUUCUUAUAAAAAUAUAAAUUUGUUUGAUAAAAUAUAUGGAUAUGUUCCUAGGGUUGCAAUAACUACCACUGUUACUAAUAAGGUAAUUGAAGAUAUUUGUCAGUUGUUGACGCUUAGAACACCAAGAAUAUUUAAAAUUCCAGUACAACAAAUAAAUGUGUACCAUGAUGUGUGGCUUUUAGAUGUUCUUUCAAAUCCACUAGAACAUCUUAAAAGUUUCAUUGUAGAAGUACUUGGUUUCUUAGAUCCAUCUGUUCACAAGACACGUAAAGGCCAUGCCAUUGUUUACUGUAGAGAGGAAAUCAUAGGAGAGUCGAUAAAAUGCAAAUUAAUUGCUUUUGGUAUACCUGCACUCACUUGUCAUCAUAAACUGAAUAAUAGGAGUAGACGUAACGUAGAAAAUGAAUGGAUAUCUGGGAAGGCUAGUGUCAUUAUCACAACAUACGAUUAUGGAUUCAUUCAUAAGAAACCAAUCAGGUGUAUUGUUUAUUGGACUGUGCCUGAAAAUAUUUCCAAAUACUAUAGAAAGUCCGCAGAGGCUUGUAUAGAUAAUAGUCGGGCAUAUUGCAGAAUAUAUUUCAGUACGAAAGAAUAUUCUUCCAUUAAGAUGCUAAUUGAGAACCAUAGAAUAAUGAAUGAUCCAGAACAUAUCAAGAAACGAUUAAGCGAAUACAACAAACUUGUGUCGUAUUGUCUUUCAGUGAAGUAA